AUGAUGUCGGCGCCUCCGGUCAAAAAGGCAUGCGAUGCGUGCCAUCGACGAAAAGUACGGUGUACGGGUGAACAGCCAUGCAACAACUGUGGGCAAUCCAACCUCCGGUGCACAUAUCUCGCUAUUCCGCAGAAGAAAGGACCCAAAGGCUCGAGGGCCAAAGUGAUUUCAGAGAUCAGAGUCACGCAACAGAAGACCACUACCACUCAGUCGCGGCCACGGCUGGAGAGGUUCGCUACCGAGCCGCCUCCUCUAGACUUCAACAGCCCUCCCACAACCCCUGCGCAUAUCCGCAAACCGGCGUUGCUCUCUCAGCAGACGAUCGAGCACUGUGUCGACUUCUUUUUCACAAACAUGUGCACGACGGCUUGGAUUCUUGACCGCCAAGCUCUGACAGAGCUCAUUUCUUCUCGGCUCUCCACCGACGCCGAUGUCUACUGCUUGACAGCAUCGCUGUGCGCUUUUGUCAUGGUUCAGCCCGGCAUGAAUCUGGCAGUUGGACCCGGCAACUGCUAUAAAGGGGAACCUCCGGGGAACCGAUAUGGGUAUGCGAACAUGCUUCUGGAAGACAUCAAGCGGGUACGCAAGUCGAUUGACUACAUCUCCACUCCCACUUUGAGUUCUGUUCAAAUAUCGUUCCUCCUAUUUGGAUGUUAUUUCACCCUGGAGAAGCAGAAUGUAUGCUGGUUCCAUCUCCGCGAGGCAGCCACGUUGGCUCAAAUGAUGGGCAUGCACGAAGAAUCGUCGUAUUUGAUCGGCGACGCGACUGAAAACAAGUACAAAAGAAGGGCGUAUUGGUUACUUUUGGUCACUGAAAGGGCAUACGCCAUGGAACGACAUAGGCCUCUGACUCUCCACCCUACAGUUGAACUUCCGGCGGCCGAAGAAGGGGCAGGCGAGGAAGCAAUCAUAUCUGGCUUUUUGCAUCUCAUCAAGCUCUUUAUCUGCAUCGACGACGAGUUUAUGGCAUUAUGGAAUAAAGCGAAGACUCGGUGUACUGCAGCCUGGUUUUCGGAACUGCAGCAACAGCUAAGCGAUGCCUUGCCUGUGGAGCUCGAGACCACUGAAAAUCAAGCGGCAGACAUUAAGAUUACUUACCAUUGGCUGCGUAUGAUGGUCUGGCAAUUGUCUAUUGCCAAUGGUUGCGUCUCCUCCAGCUCUCCGGAUGCUUCGCUGACGUUUCUGUUUCCGAUCCAAGUCGCAAGGGACAUGGUGCGUGACGUGAAAAACAUGACCCUUGACGCGAUGGAAGUUCACGGCAUCGGUCUGAUUGAGAAGUUGUUCGAUGUCGCAUGUACAUUGACCGAUGUGAUUUCGUGUGUCCCUGUUCCCUUGGAGCCGGAAGCGACGGACGAGACACCUUUGAAUCUGCUCAGUCACUUUCUCAACCUCAUUUCUCGCCUUCGCGGCGGCGCGUCUCGAUACUUGCCUUUGCUGCUGGCCAAAGUCUCGGAGACACUUCCCAGCGUGACUCCGCCAAGCGGGCCGGAGAAUAUCACUAUCAAGCAAGGCUACGCAGGGGCGAGCGACAAUAUCCCUACCCCGGUACAUCCGAACGGCCUGCCAUUCACCAUGUCGCGCGAAACAAGCGGCGUUCUUGGUAUAGGACAAUGGGGUGUCGUACCGACGCAGACCGCACCAACGCAACAGCAGCAUGUCGUGCAUAACGGUGAAGGCCUUUUUGCCAUGUACAGUCCCGGCACCGGUACUCAGGGAAGCGACACGAGUAUGACGUCUUCGCCUAUACCGACUCCGCCUGACUGUCAUGUUCUUAGCAGACCUAUGCAAGUGCACGCGCAGACCGCGCUGCUGCCUGUACCCAGGAGUGUUCCACCCGAUAUGGGGACCGUUCAAUUCGAGAAUUAUCCUGGUGUCUAA